AUGACGGCUCCUAAGAACUUCCUCAUCACCGGAGCCGGCCGUGGCAUCGGCCGAGGCCUCAGUAGACUACUCCUCGCCAAAGGCAAUCGAGUCCUUCUGGUGGACAACAACACCGAAGAGCUGACGCACAUAUCCUCAGAGCUCGCGCAGCAACACCAACGCGGGAAAGACUUCGACACGGUCGAAUGCAACCUCCGACAGCCAGCAGAAAUUCGUAAUGCAGCAGAGACUGCCAGGACACUGUUCGCGGGCCAUCUGGACGUUCUUGUCAACAAUGCCGCAAACACGAGUGGCGUCGGCGCGUCUCAUCUCUCGGAAUUAUCUUUGGAGGCCUGGAACGCGUCCAUUGAGACCAAUCUCACCGGGCCAAUGCUGAUGAGCCAGAGCUGUCUGCCUCUCCUGCAGAAGCAAGGCUCACGCGAGCACGGCGGAUGCAUCAUCCAUAUGUCUUCGACCAGGGCUUUCAUGAGUGAGCCGAAUAACGAGCCAUACUCUGCUUCGAAAGGUGGACUGCUCGGUUUGACACAGAGUAUGGCAGUCAGCUUGGCGCCUCAGUCUGUUCGCGUCAACACCAUCCUCCCAGGCUGGAUCAAUGUGGCGAACGAGUGCAAAGAUGCCGAUGAAAAGGGACAGACCUGGGAGGAGGGCCUUACUCCAGAGGACCAACAGUGGCAUCUGACAGGGCGAGUGGGCAAAGUUGAAGAUAUCCUCAAGGCCGUGGAAUACCUGGCAGAAAGCGACUUUGUGACUGGAGCAGAAAUGGUCGUCGAUGGAGGGGUCACGCGAAAAAUGGUUUACCCCGAGUAG